UAAUUUCUUUGGUCCAUUUCGAAGAUUUUCAACAUCAUAUUGAAGCAAAUGUUUCUGUUGCAUCUGAUUGUGAAGAACUCUUUCAACAUCCCGCGGCUCGGAAAACACGUAAAGACACGUUAAAGAGCAGUGACAAUGAUUUUUUCUCGACCCUCAUUGGUUGGACGAUCUUAAUGUGGAGAAAUUCGGAAAAUGGUGACGUUAGAGGGGCGUCGUUAAAGAGCACAUCGAAAUCGCGAUACUACGAAGGAGAAACUGUGAUAUGAGAUAUGGAUGUGACUAACAUUGUCUUGACAAUCCAGGGGUGGCAACAAAUGGCAUUCAAUCUCAUGUAUCCGUGUUGUUAAGCGACUGUCAAAUAAAUACGAAUCUCAAUUGUAACAAAGUAAUUUAAUCAUGAUUCGCUUCAUUCUUAUUCAAAACAGAGCUGGGAAAACCAGGUUAGCUAAAUGGUACAUGAACUUUGAUGACGACGAGAAACAGAAAUUGAUAGAGGAUGUCCAUGCUGUGGUGACUGUUCGAGAUGCCAAACACACCAACUUUGUUGAGUUUCGUAACUUCAAGAUUGUAUAUAGAAGAUACGCAGGUUUAUAUUUCUGCAUUUGCGUCGAUGUCAAUGACAAUAAUUUAUGCUACUUAGAAGCGAUACAUAAUUUCGUCGAGGUAUUAAAUGAGUACUUCCAUAAUGUAUGUGAAUUGGAUCUGGUUUUCAACUUCUAUAAGGUAUACACAGUUGUAGAUGAAAUGUUUUUAGCAGGGGAGAUAAGGGAGACGAGUCAAACAAAAGUACUGAAGCAGCUUUUGAUGUUAAACUCGUUAGAAUAAAGUUAUUCCAUUUACUUUGUUGCAUUAAUUGAACACUUCAUAAAAAUAUAAAAAAUAAACUAUAUUAUGACGAAAUA